AUGAGUUAUUCUAAUGCUCUCUUUAGCGUACGAAAAAUCGUGUGGCUCCUUUCUCUUCUCCACGCCAUUCAUGGGCGCCCACUCGCGUCCAUGAUCCAACAAGAGCGGGAGCCAGAAGAGGCUGAUUUUGUCACUUUUCUCUGCAUUUCAGUAGUUCUAGUUUUGCUGGGAGGUGUAUUCGCAGGCCUUACACUGGGGCUUAUGGGCCAGGACGAAGUGUAUUUGAAGGUGAUCAGCUCGUCAGGCUCUUCAGCGGAGCAAAAAUCUGCCCGCAGAGUGUUACAACUAAUAUCUAAGGGAAAGCACUGGGUUUUGGUGACUCUGCUGCUCUCAAACGUUAUCACUAACGAAACGCUGCCGAUCGUGCUUGACCGGUGUUUAGGCGGCGGGUGGCAGGCCGUGGUGUCGAGUACCGUGCUUAUUGUCAUCUUCGGUGAAAUUAUUCCUCAAUCUGUGUGCGUUCGGUACGGUCUCGAAGUUGGCGCUUUUUUCUGCCCUUUCGUUGAAGCGCUUAUGUACUUGAUGUACCCUGUUGCAUACCCUGUCGCUUUGCUUCUGGACUGGAUUCUGGGAGAGGACCAUGGAACCAUGUACAAGAAAUCAGGACUUAAGACUUUGGUUACUUUACACAGAACAAUGGGGGUUGAAAGGCUCACCAAGGAUGAGGUCGUUAUAAUAUCCGCAGUUCUGGAUUUGAAAGAGAAAAAAGUAAAUGAGAUUAUGACUCCACUGGUCAAUGUUUUCACUAUGAGUGCUGACGCGAUAUUGGACGAGAAAACCGUGGGCGAAAUAUUCAACUCUGGGUUCUCACGUAUUCCCAUUCAUUUGCCCGGUGAGAAAAACAAUUUUAUCGGUAUGCUCUUGGUUCGUGUUCUUAUUUCUUACGACCCAGAAGACUGUUUGCCAGUGUCACACUUCCCGCUGGCAACACUUCCGGAAACGUCACCAAACACUUCCUGCCUCAACAUAUUAAACUAUUUCCAGGAGGGCAAGUCGCACAUGUGCAUUGUCUCUCAAGAACCGGGAAGUUCAUCGGGGGCCCUUGGUGUAUUGACACUCGAAGAUGUCAUUGAGGAGCUCAUCGGUGAAGAAAUCGUUGACGAGUCGGAUGUUUUUGUCGAUAUUCACCAGCGAAUUAUGCGUGAACAGCCGGGCCCCCUUUCUAAGCGGCACGUCACAUCCUAUCUGCAUUCUUUAUACAAAACGUCACAGAAAAACACUGCUGAAUAUUCGGGGGAAGACAGACCACUUUUAGAGAGUGCUCGUGAGACCCCUCAGACGUCUUGUCAGCAUACCACGGUCCUGCCAUUCAAUCUAGCCUCCAAUCCCUUACAAACCCAAAAUCCACACGUCAAAGUCAAGAGACAACCUGAUGCAGCAGUUGGCCACUAUACUUCUCCUACAUCCGCGGGCUCUCCCACGUACGGUGGCACUGAGCACUCACUUCAGGGAAGAAGUCAAAGCCCUGUUUCAUAUCAGCCAAAUGACAGAUCCAACUCCUCAAACCAAGAUACAGGUGAAGAAAACGCAAUGCUGCAAGGUCACAUCGACGCCUCCAAGAAAGCUGUCCAACACACGAUAGAUACAGGUGAACACACCAAGGUCACAACUUUAAGACAGCUGUCGCCAACAGAAACCUCUGACGCCAGGACUCCUAUGUCGGACAACCCAGUAGAAUCAAACUCGGGAUCGGAGCUGGGUCACAGUGAAAUUUCCGAUACGCAAAUGAUCUCUUCAUCAUAUCGCACCAGCAUCAAAGGCAUUGUUGAGAGUGUGGUGACGGUUAAAGGUGUCCCCAAGACCAUCAUCGGGCCUGCCAAGGACUGGGACGAAUGCGAAGGAGUUGUGAUCGACGAAGCUAACAACGUUCAUGAAAUGGGCGAUUUUCAGAAUGACCAUGAUAACGAGGAGGGUGAUUCCUUAGAGCAUCCAUCUGCCAACAGACCAUCUAAGAGCCGUAGAGGAAGCAUUUUCAGUUUAUUUCGUCAAUCGAGCGCCGGUGGUAGCAGCUCUAGCAUUCGUGGAAGGUCCACCCACACCUCUGCAUCUUCUGAGAGAAAUGGUCAAGUGACGUCAAGCGAAAACGAUUGA